AUGGCAGCGCCCGGUUCGGAAACCGCAACAUCAGCUGCGGGAAUCUUUCGGAGCAGAUAUGUAAUUGUCGGAGGAGGGAUUGCUGGCGUGUCUUGCGCGGAGCAGCUCGCACUUCAAUGUCCCGAAGAGGAGAUUACCAUAGUGACUGCAUCACCUGUUGUGAAGGCAACUUCGAAUGUUGAAAAGAUAUGUAGGGUCAUCGAAAGCUUCGACGUUGUUGAGAAACCGUCCUCGUAUCUGACGGAACAGUACCCGAACAUCCGUGUUCUGGAAGACGUCCUGCACGUGGUGGAUACGCUCAAGCAUGAGCUGACUCUGCAGUCGGGAAAAAUAUUGAAAUAUGAGUACCUUUGCCUGUGCAUUGGAGCCAGGCCGCAGCUCUUGUCUACAGACAACCCCUUCGUGUUGGGCAUUCGGGACACAGAAACAGUGAAGGUGCUUCAAGAGAGACUACGGAAGUCGAGGCGUAUCGUCGUGGUUGGCAAUGGUGGUAUUGCCAUUGAACUUGUGUAUGAGCUCCAGCAGUGCGAGGUAGUUUGGGUACUCCGCCACAGCUCCAUGGGGGCAACAUUUUUCGACCCUGGUGCUGCACAUUUUUUUCUGGAACAUCAAAAACAUGGCCAGGCACCUCCCACGAAGCCCCUCGUCAUGCGGAAGAGGACCAUGUACCACGUUGCAGGAUGUCCUGAAAGUAGCCAAGAUGUAUUAGGCAGUGCAUUGGGACCAGACUGGGCAUCCGGCUGCUCUAUCAAAGGCAGUAGUGAGAAAAAGGUUCACAUUGAGUACAACUGUGAGGUCAAAGAACUCUUGUCUGGAGCCAGUGUCAGGCCACGGGAAACUCUGGAACCAGAUGGCUUUGCUAAGAAAGACGACUGGCCAGUGUACGUUGUGCUGACGAAUGGCCACACAUUUGGAUGCGACCUCGUGGUCAGUGCUACGGGUGUCCGACCCAACACAGACACAGUGAAGAUCAUAGGUGAACAGUUGAAUCUCUCGGAGGACGGUGGAAUUGCUGUAGAUAGUUGCAUGCGGUCUUCGACUGAAAGCGUCUACGCCGCUGGUGACGUGUGUACCGCAUCUUGGCCUCCAGCAUCUUUGUGGUUCCAAAUGCGUCUCUGGACCCAGGCGCGCCAGAUGGGCCACCGUGCUGCCACCUGCAUGGCAGCCGCUCUUCGCCAGCAGCCCGAACCAGUGCUGGAUUCAUGCUUCGAUAUCUUUGCACAUGUCACUCGUUUCUUUGGGUUCAAGGUGGUGCUUCUGGGUCUUUUCAAUGGUCAAGGCCUGGGAAAUAGUUGCGAGGCACUGCUACGUGUCACACCAAGCCGAGAGUACGUCAAGGCCUUGAUGCAAAAUGGACGGCUAAUAGGAGCUGUUCUCGUCGGAGAGACUGACCUCGAGGAGACUUUUGAAAAUCUCAUGUUCGGACAGCUGGACCUGUCUGCUUUUGGGGAACACUUGCUAGAUCCUGAUAUAGACCUAGAAGAUUAUUUCGAUUGACUGUCAUUUUGUAGCAUCAUCUACGUGUUAAUCUUGUUAUGGCCACGUUAAUUACAAAAACUGUAUUAUUUGUGGGUUGCUUAAAGGGAUGGUUGUGUCCGUUUCAGUCGAUUGAAACUGUAAUGUUGUUUUAUUCCUUGUUGACCACUGACCACAGUGUUGAAAAUCUCACGCAUAAUAGUGGCGUAGUUUGAGCGUUAUUGGAAUACAUGACAAGAAUCUCUUUCGCAAAUGUGCAAUACUCGAAUUUGAAGCAUAUUUGGAUUUGAUUUUGUUUAGGGGAAUGGGCAAAUAAUGACUCUGAAAGUGUUAGACAAUCAUAUCUUUGUCCUGAAUGUGUAGAUAUGUAUAACUUGCACCAUUGCAGUUCUUCCUGUCUUCAAACUGACCGAAAGGAAUUGAAAAGCAUUGAAAGCGCAAAAUGUGCUAUAAGAACAGGGUGGUUGAGCACGAAACUAAUAUUUUCUGCAGAAAUUAUGAUGUUCGUCUCUGUUUCACUCCUUCAAUGAACUCUGCCACUCAGUUACAUGAACAACAUG